AUGUCGCGGGCCGCGGACCUUCGGGUGCAAGCAAUGAACAAGGUCGUGGACGUGGUCCACUGUUUCAAGGAUGCAUACAUCUACGGAGGCUACGUCCGAGACUACGUGAUGAACGGAGAGACGCCUCGAGACUUGGACAUCGUGAUGCCGUGCAGGGACAAGGCAGUGACUUUCAAGAGGUUUCUGUCCACGGAGUUCUCUCUGGAACAGUUGGCGGGCAAAGAGAAUUACGAUUUCAUGGGGAAAGGGGUGUCCUACGAAAAGCAUAGGGUGACGCUGAAGAAAGGGGAGUCCACGAUGAGCUUCGAAAUCGACAUCACGAUAAAGAAGAGAGAGGAGCUUGUGAGCAUAGCUCACGAUUUCACCUGCAACAUGCUCUACUUCUGGCGUUCAGGGAUAGAGCUGCUGCAUCAGCCAGUCUCUAUCGAUGGGCUCUGCAGCCCGUUCCUGCAUGUCAGGCGGCAGCUAGCCAACCGGGAAUUCAGUCUGGUGUCGGACUCGUUCCCUCAGGCGUUGACGGACGCUGACAAGUACAAGUACGUGAAGAAAUUGAUAGGCAGGGCAGAGGCUAUGGUGAGGAGAGGCUGGACCUUCGUCCGCCUCCCGGGUUCCUUCGAGGUCAACCGGUUCGAGAGGUUCCAGAAGUCGAGGGCUUUGGAUGAGAUCACCGAAUGUUCGAUCUGCAAGCUGGACUUCUCUCGCGAAGACGUCUGCGUGAUGACCGACUGCGCUCACCUCUUCCACACCGCCUGUCUCACCAAAUGGUUGGAGACCGGAAGGUCGAAGAUCUCUUGCCCCAACUGCCGCUCCGAACAUCUCUUCCUCAAGAAGGCGGAUGCGAAGCCGCAUCCGGUCGAACCCGCACGCUCUGACCGUAUCGAAGCCGAGGAGCUGCCUUCCGAUUGGGACGAGAGCGAGUACGAAGAAGAAGAAGACGAGGAUGAUCCAGAUUAUACCGACAACUCGGACGUGGAGGAGAUCGACGGAAUGCUUAUCUCGGUCUCUGACGACAACCCGGGUCGCGACUCUAGCAAGACGGACGGCAUCAGGAAACUGUUGUGUGCGAAGGGCGAGACGGUGUCUCUCGUCGAUCGAGCUUACAACAUGACCAAAGUACAUGCAUCGGAAGGUCCUGAAUUCAGAGCCACUGUCCUGGAUGGAGAACUGAUAGGAGAGCGAAUAUUCCUCGUUUUCGAUGCAGUUGUUGUGUCGGGUCAGGUUGUGGGAGUGAGCGAACUCCUACCCCGCCUGGAUGCUGCGAGGAGAUGGGUGGACGAGCACGCGAACCGACUGGACGGCUUACAAGUGAAGGUCAAACGGAUGCUCCCCUGGAAGGACGCCAAAGACUUUGCCCUUCGGAUGUACGACCGGGCGGGGACGGACGGGCUCCUCUUCACCCCCGCGGUUCCUCUGUUGCAGAGACAUCAAGUACCUACGCUGAAAUGGAAGAAGAAGGAGGAUAUCACCGUCGACUUCUUAGUGUUUCCGAGAUACGAGCUCAAGGUCUUGGAUAGGGGUCAGUUGGUCAGCGUAGGAACUGGGGUAGGACGACCGGGGAUCACAAAGACCAGAGUGGACAUAGAUCUCAGGAAAGGCAAGAAUCCCAUAGUGGAGUGCAUCUGGCAUCCUGGCAGCAACGCUUGGCGCAUGAAAAAGAUAAGGACCGACAAGGAUCAGCCAAACAGCAUGUUGACCUUUCGGAAUAGUCUGAAGAACCUAUCAGAGGACAUAAAGCUGGAGGAAUUGUUCGACUAG